CGGGCACUGCAUCAUGGCGCGGAAAAUUCGUCAAUUGAGUACAUAUACCACGGUUUCCCCUCCUCUCGGCAAAGAUGAAAUAGAGUUCCUUUAAUUCUGUAUCCCGAGGUGUUAGCUUUCUUUAUAGUCAACUAUUACCCUUAUGACGGUCUCCGUGCGUCCGUGAGUCACAUACAAUAAGAAACAAAGGCCUCGGCAAAAUCAACACCAGUGGUACUCUUCAUGAAGUCCUUUCAUUCAAUUCCUACACGGGACUUCGGAGCUACCGCUCAACCAUAAUGGCAGCAGAAUACGAGCGGCACCCUUUCCUGCAGUCUGCAGAGGAUGUUGCGAAACACUUAGGUUCAGACUUGGAGAAGGGGCUUUCUUCUUCUCAGGUAACCGAACUUCAACAGAAAUACCCCCCGAAUGAGCUAGACGUCGGUGGUGCCAUACCAUGGUACAAAAUCUUUAUCAAACAGCUGCUCAAUGCUAUGAUCCUCGUCUUGUUCUUUGCAUUAGUACUUAGUUUCGUUGUUGGCGAUUAUAUUGAAGGUGGUGUCCUUGCUGCCGUCAUUGUCCUCAAUGUAUCCAUUGGCUUCUUCCAAGAAUAUGGCGCUGAAAAGAAGAUGGAUGCUCUUCGAGCUCUGUCAUCUCCCUCCGCCAUGGUUCUACGUGACGGCAAGACCACAGUGAUAGCGAAUGCUGAGGUUGUACCUGGAGACAUUGUCAUUCUGAAGAUGGGCGAUACUAUACCCGCUGAUGUUCGCCUUUUUGAAGCUAUGAACUUAGCAGCUGAUGAGCAGUCUCUUACCGGAGAAUCGGUGCCAGUUGAGAAAGUUGUCGACUGCCUUGAGGACACGGAACUCGGAAUUGGAGACCGGAUUAAUAUUGCAUAUGGCACAACUACUGUCCAGAAGGGUCGUGGCCGCGGCAUCGUUAUUUUCACUGGUAUGGAGACAGAAGUCGGGAAAAUUGCUGCUUCGACUGCGAAGAAGCAACGCAAGGCCGGCCGUUCCAUGAACUAUAAAAAGUACGGAAAACGCCAGCCUGUUAUUGGUCUCACCAAGCGCGUAUACGACUUUGUAGGCGGAUUUCUCGGCCUGACUGAGGGAACUCCGUUGCAAAUCAAGCUAUCGAAACUUGCUUACAUUCUCUUUGGAUGUGCCCUUGUUCUAGCGCUUAUCGUCUUCGGCGUCAAUAAAUUUGGUGACUCACAAGAAAUCGUGAUUUAUGCGAUUAGCACUGGUAUUGCCAUCAUUCCGGAGUCCCUCGUCGCUGUUUUGACUAUCACCAUGGUUGUCGCCACUACGGUAAUGAGGAAGGCCAAUGUGGUUGUUCGAGAUCUCUCUGCUCUCGAGGCUCUUGGCGGUGUAACCAAUAUUUGUUCUGACAAAACCGGCACCCUUACCCAGGGAGCCAUGAUUGUCCGAAAGGUAUGGGUACCGUCCAACAACAUCUACACUGUUCAGGACUCGAAACACCCGAACAAUCCUACCGAAGGACGGAUAACUGUUGCAAAGAAGGAUACUUCUGAGGAAUCGCAAAAGAAGCGAGACUUUGACCAGGAACGUAGCGCCGCCACUCUCAAAUUCGAUGUGCCGGAGGAAAAGCUCAAUCCACCCAGAGAAGAGACCAAGAAAGAACAGGCUGCGGAGAUCAAUCCAGAAUUGGAAGCUUUCUUGCUCUCCGCUGCUCUUUGCAACCUUGCAACAGUGAGACACGACCCAGAGCCUAAAGAUGACCAACCUGAAUGGCAAGUUACGGGUGAGCCCACGGAAAUCGCGUUGCAGGUGUUUGCACAUAGAAUGGAGCGGGGCAAGAAGGCUGUUGAGGCCCAGGGCUGGAAACAGAUUGCUGAAUUCCCUUUCGACAGCAGCAUCAAGCGCAUGUCGGUCGUCUACAAUGGGCCUGACCUUGAUCACAGCAUGAUUUUCACAAAAGGCGCCGUCGAGCGUAUUAUCGAUCUAUGCACUACUGUCGGUACUGGAAGCGACGAAAAGCCCAUGACGGAAGAGUACAAGGAAGAAAUCCUCAAGCAAAUGGACGCAUUCGCGAGCCAAGGCCAGCGAGUGCUCGCUGUAGCAUCGCGGCCCUGGGAUGGCAUGUACACAGAGAAGACUAGCGCUGAAAACGUCGAGGGUGAUAAUGCUCUGCGUGAGCGAGUGGAAUCUGGUCUUACGCUACUGGGUUUGGCUGGUAUCUACGAUCCUCCUCGUAGGGAGACUACACCCGCUAUCGCCGAAUGUUCUUCUGCAGGAAUCAGGGUUCACAUGUUGACUGGUGACCACCCCGCUACUGCCGAGGCGAUUGCCAAGGAAGUCGGUAUCAUUCCACACAACCUUGGAACUCUCCGAGACGACAUUGCUAAAUCACUCGUACUCAAAGCCAGUGAUUUUGAUAAGCUUUCCGACCAAGAGAUUGACGCAUUGCCUGAGCUGCCUCUCGUGCUGGCUCGAUGUGCUCCCGACACCAAAACACGCAUGAUCGAGGCUCUGCGCCGCCGCGGCGCAUUCAUGGCCAUGACGGGUGACGGUGUGAACGACGCUCCGUCGCUGUCUCGUGCCGACGUAGGUAUUGCUAUGGGCUCCGGUUCCGAUGUCGCCAAGUCGGCCUCAAAGAUUGUGUUGACCGAUGACAAAUUCAACUCUAUUGUGGCUGCCAUUCGUGAGGGUCGUCGUAUGUUUGACAACAUUCAGAAGUUCAUCCUACAUCUGUUGACAUCCAACGUUGGUGAGGUCAUCCUUUUGAUUGCUGGUCUCGGGUUUCAGGAUGAGGCAGGCUUCUCGGUAUUCCCCGUCUCGCCUCUCCAAAUUCUGUGGAUCAAUCUAGUCACAUCCAGUUUCCCUGCUUUCGGUCUUGGUCGAGAGAUGGCAUCCCGCGAAGUCAUGCGCAAGCCGCCGCACGACAAGAAGAGUGGUGUUUUCACAAAACAAGUCCUUGUUGACAUGGUUGUGUACGGUAUCUUGAUGGGCACUUUAACGCUUGCGACCUUUAUCAUCGUGGUCUAUGGUGUCAACAACGGACAGCUCGGAAUAGACUGCAACAAGGGAUGGAGUGAUACCUGUGAACCCGUUUUCCGCGCCCGUGCAGCCGUCUUCGCAGAGCUCACCUGGCUCAUUCUCUUCAGCGCGUGGGAAUUCAAGGACAUCCGGCGCUCCAUGUUCCGACUGAACCCCGACAGCACCAGCCGCUUUCCGCUAUUCAAGGACCUCUACGAGAACAAGUUCCUGUUUUGGGCCGUCACCAUCGGCGCAUUAAGCGUUUUCCCCGUCGUGUACAUCCCGGUGCUCAACACCAAAGUCUUCAAGCACACGGCCAUCACAUGGGAAUGGAGCCUCGCCAUCGGCGCCCUGAUCCUGUUCAUCGCGGGCAUGGAACUUUGGAAGCUCACCAAGCGCACCUUCGGACUCCUCGAGGACCGUGCGGUAGUCCGCGGGGCAUUCUCUCAAGGUGAGGAGCACGGACGCAAAUUCCACCGCAGCUUUAGCAUGGGCUCUCUCAAGAGCUGGAAGAGCAUUGGCAAGAGAGAUACCAGCAUGUCGCGUGAUGCGGAGAAAUCAUCACCAGUCUGAGUGGGCAGCUCGAGUAAUGGAAGAAGACAGGAAGGAUAUGUAUGGUGAUGGUGAUCUCGGCGACGAGUGGAUGAUUUAUAUACCCCGGACGAACGCUUAUGAUGUUGAUGAUUUUAGAUGUAAGGGGUUGUACAUGGUGGUUAACUAUUCACUGGAAUUUAGUUAUUUUAUGAAAUUAAAUAACUUGUUUAAUCAUGGUGUUUCGCCUGAUAUUAUUGUUGAAGACUGAUUUUGCUGCUGUUGAUUUAAGCUUAGAUGAGUAAGUUAAAGUUUUAUGUGCCCUUGUCGACUUGCUUGAUAGGCGAGGGGGAACUCUGGCAUCUUCUUCCUCUUUGGUUGUUCUGCCCUCUAAAGACCAGUCAAUCAAAUAGCGC